GGACCAUGUCCCUGCUGCUGAGCAGCUAGAGGAGGACGUCACAGAAAAUGACAUCAUUUUAAGGCAAUACAAAAUUGGUGACAAGCUGGGCAAAGGUGGAUUCGGCUCAGUCUACAAAGCCACACGUCGCAGGGAUGGACUUGAGGUGCUUUCACUAACAAAACAUUGCUUUAUCAUUGCUUUAUUUAAAACUUCUACCACAUGCUAACUGCUAAUUCUUUGCUUUAUUGAUCAGGUUGCUGUGAAAUAUACUGUAAAGUCACCGAUGAUGAAGGAAAUCAAAGUGGUGAGUAGUCCAGAUACAAUUCAAUGUCAUGAUUUGAUUUGAUUCUAGAUUUGAUUUUCUUAGGAUGGGACAAAAACGGGAUUGAAGACAUUAUAUAGUAAAUGAAAACAUGUCCUUUUAGUAAGUACGUAAACAAGUAAAGUAAGGCUUUUGUUUUGCUGUGUGCUUUCCUUUUAUAAAUUAGAGGUAACCACUGUAAUUGAAUCAUGAUCUAAACAAAGAUGACAGCACACAUGAAGAACGAGCAGCUUACAUUCAAACUAGACUUUAUCGUGUAGAAAUUAAAACAGAAGUGAAAACAAAAUGGUUUUGUGAAACUAUUGGCCUACUACAUAAAACAUCUGAAGAAAAAAAAAACAGUAGAUCAGCUAAAGACUCCAUUUACAACUGUAUUUAGAUAAAUCCACUUGAUUAGUUUGUUUCAGAGCCUUAUAUGUAUGCUAAUGUCAGAUUACUAUUGAGUUUUCAUUAAGAGAGCUUUAGGAAACCAUCUAAUUGUCAUCAUUUCUCUCUUUAGCCUGGUUAUGUCAAACCCCUCCCGACAGAAAUUGCCCUGGCAAUCAUGGCCAACAAUGGUCCCUACGUCCCCGAGAUAAUCAAACUCAUAGACUGGGUGGACAACGAUGACCACUACAUUAUAAUCAUGGAGCGACCCACACCUUGUAUGGACUUGCUUCGCUUCUUAAACCACAACAACAAACCUCUUGAUGAGAAGAUGGGACGCCAUAUAAUGUGGCAGGCCAUUCAUGCUGCGAGGGUUUGCUUUGAUCGCGGUGUCUUCCAUCGGGACAUAAAACUUGAAAACCUCCUGGUGAAUCCAGACACUUUGGAGGUAAAGCUAAUAGACUUCGGCUGUGGUUCGACCGUAAAGAGAUCCGGCUACAAAGUCUUCUGUGGCACAAGAGAAUAUUUCCCUCCGGAGUAUGAAAUGUGUGGCAGGUACCAUGCACAGCCGGCGACUGUUUGGUCUCUAGGGAUCGUCCUGUUUGCAAUGAUGUGUGGGGCUUUACCUAGUAUCUCCGACCACUCCUUGAUCAGGAACUAUCGUUGGACUAGCCCUGAUCUGUCAAAAGAAUGCUGCCGGAUGAUCUGCGGUUGUCUGCAGCCAGACCCAGAUGAGAGACUCGAUCUGCAGCAGAUGCAUCUCCAUAACUGGUUUAAGGUCAUGGAGUAA